AUGGCGCACGAUGCGGAAAGCUUUACAGCUCUUCGAGACUCCCUACGCGAUAGCCUCCGCAUGCUGUCAUGUGUUCCUAAGCUGGACGAUAAAGGGAUCAUUACGGAAAAAGUUGAGCAACGUUUCUUCCCGGCCGGCACCGCCAAGAUUGUCCUCACACACAGCAAGCUUCGUCGACUGUUCAAAUUCGUGGCAGACGCCGUAUUGGCAUCUAGGUUGCAGCCUGAACAGUUGGCUCAGGAAGCCAGUGAUGAGACAAUAUGCAACUUUCUUGCCAUCCUGGUGUUUUCAAAAUGCGAUCUCGAGGCCUUCGUUAGUUUCACGCUGAAGCUGGUGGUACCUCAUGGUUCGAUUCAUCACCCACUAACCCUACCAAUUGAAGAUCGAAGCAUCUUGGCUUCUAUUCUGAACAGCCAGUUCGCGGCGGAGGAUUUCUAUGAACACCAGUUUGCUUUCUUCGCACCCAUCCUUGAGAAACAUAAGGAGAUCAAGAGCAGCUAUCGACGUUUGCCUUACUUGCAGGAGAAGUUGAUCGGCCAAGGAUCUUUUGGGAAGAUCUACAAAGUCACGAUCUCUCCAGGCCACUAUCGGUAUGACGAUUUGUUCACGAACGAUCGCAAACUGGUACUGGCUCGAAAGGACUUUGUACUCGACUCAAAAGACAAGGCACAUGAAAAAGAACGCGACGUGAUACGGGAGAUCGUUGGAAAUGCUAAGAAGCAUGACAACAUUGUCGAGAAUUGGGGAAGCCUUCAAAUUGGUUCGACAUACUCCCUGUUCAUGGACUUGGCAGAGUGCGAUCUGAAACAAUACAUGAUCAACAACCCAAACGCGCCGGACUCUUUCGAGGCUAAAGCCGAUCUCCUUCAUUGCGCAGUGGGCUUAGCUGGAGCCAUUGCCUAUCUCCACGAAGACCUUGAAUCAUCAACAUUCGAAAGGCUCUCAUGCUUUCACAUGGAUUUGAAACCCCAAAAUAUAUUGGUCGUGCUCGAUUCGAAGGGCAAACCACAAUGGAAGUUAUCGGAUUUCAAUAUGUCGCGCGUCAAGCGACUACGCACUGACGAACAUUUCUCAUUAAGGCGCAGAGGGACGUUUAAUCAGGUUUUGGAUAUCAACAAGCUAUUCAAACGCACAGUCCCCGAUACCUCGGACCCUGCCACGACUGACUAUACCAUCAACCGGCGUGGUUUUGGAACGUACCUAGCUCCAGAAGCUUGCGUAGGCAACGCAGUCUAUGCUGAGGGCGACACAUGGUCUUUGGGCUGUGUAAUUGUUGUUGUGUUCUCGUAUCUCUAUGGAGGACAGACAGCGGUCACAAGGUUCAGUGACCUGAGAGCGAAACAAGGUUUCGACGCUUUCUUCACAUUCGCGAACACGCGAUCGCAACACAAGCUGAGCGAUGCUCGAAAUAGCGACGCUGUGGGGACCUGGCUCCAAGAGCUACGGUUUAAGACAGCGAAGCGACACGCUAGAGAGGGCCUCAUAUUCGAUACUAUGUUAGGUUUUCUCGAAAGGGAAGUCUUGAUUAUUGAUCCUACAAGUCGGCAGCAGACCACAGCCCGCGAUAUCAAACAGAAGUUACUAGAUGCCUGCAACGCGUACAGGGCCGUUGAGAGCACCCGUGUUGAGUCCCCAAAGACUCCCAAACAUCGCUUCCGCUUAGCCUCCGUCUUCAGUACCAAGAAGCAGUCAACACUCAGCAGUCAUCUACAUCAAUCCGUCUGGAGAUUGCCACCAUUAUCGGGGUCCUGGAGAAAUUGCGUGUUUGGGCCGCACGCGGAGCCCUUUGUUUGCGUCACAGAUUCGUCUCUGGUCGCCUACUCGCUGGGUCAUGUCUUAUUGACAGAUGAACCCAACGAUCUUAUCAAGCUUGGUGCUGUCGCUCCAUUGAAUGCAAGACGCUUAUGGAGCGGCAACGUUGCAGCCUCUGCCCAAUUCGUUAUAGCAGUGACAGACCAUGAGAGUUUCGACUGCUAUAUCUAUCACAUACCACAGCCUGAUUCGGCUACAAGCAAACUAGAACUUGUGGCUCAUUGGGAGCUAGAGCUUCCAAGGAUCCGGAAAGUUGCCAUUUCUCCAGACGCUCGAUACGCGGCAUUCGUACUGAAUACAGAUCCUAUCACUGGAGAAGAUGCACCUCUGCAUAUUGUUUCAUUAAACUGGCUUCAAGUGGCAGGGAAUAAUCAGAAAUUGCAUUCUAUGGUGUCAUCCUCGUCCGAAUCAAGUUCGACGGCCAGUACUCCGUUGGGUCGUCCGCUGUCACUUCCGUGUCCUGCAGAGGAUGUCCGCGACUUAUCUUUCUCUGCAGUUGGUGGUCUCUACGCAGUAGUGAAACCUACGUACAUCAAGCCCAAGCAAGAGUACGCCAUGACUGUUUUUUCGUGGCAUAUAGAGUCGGGAAGGCCAUUGCCGCUUCCGCGCAGUAAGAUCUCGCACGACGGUAAAGAUGACCUUUUACAUCGUUUGUUCACGUCAUUUGCUCCCUACAAUACGAGUAUGGCAUUCACCGUCAUCUCUCAGGAGAAACGCGUUAUCUCACGUGCAUGGGAUCCUAAGAUCUUCAAACAGAGUCGGGCACAAAGUUGCCGUCUUAUGAAGAUACUCAUGGACAACAACGAUCGCAACAUUCUGGCCAUUGGGACCAAGCAGGCCAACGACGAACUGCAACUGUUUACAUUUCCGACUUCAACAACGCAAGAAGAGUUCCAGCCUGAUGGAGUAGCUUCACUGCCUGGCAUGAAAUACGGUUCCAAAUUUGCAGCCGCCUUUGCCAGUCAACUGACGCAAUCACGGGAACGGCGUUAUGUCUUAGUUUCUUCCAUUGACGACAACGUCAUACGUGUCAUUCGGACUUAUCUGGAUGCUCCCUAG